GUAUAUGCAAACCAGUGUCCCGGCUCCCCAGGGCUACCUAACCCGGGCCAGGUCUGUGGCUGCUGCUGCCUUGGGCAUCGCUGCCCUCUCCGGAACCCAGCACUGUCAUGCUCCCGUUGCAGGGCGGGCGGCUGCGUCCCGGAGUCGCUAUAUAAGCUCGGGCAAGGGGGCACCCGGAGGGGCUGAAGAUGAAGGUGCCCGCGCAUGGGCCGCCGCUGAUUGCCAACCCCUCCCGAGCUCGCUCCCGGCGCGGAGCCGGAGGCCGCCGAAGACCCGCCUUCGCCGCAGUAGCAGCUGGAGCAGCCACAGAGGCAGCAGCUGCGGCGGUGGCAGCGGCGCCCCUCGCGCCAGCGCGUAAAGCGGCGGCGGCAACUCGGGGUCCGCCGCUGCCCCUGCUGCCAUGAGUUGUGCGGAGGUGAUGUAUCACCCCCAGCCGUAUGGAGCGCCCCAGUAUCUGCCCAACCCUGUGGCAGCUGCAACCUGCCCCACAGCUUGCUAUCAUUCGGCUCCCCAACCUGGCCAGCAGAAGAAGUUAGCGGUAUACAGCAAGAUGCAGGACUCUCUGGAAGUCACCCUUCCCAGCAAACAAGAGGAGGAGGAGGAGGAGGAGGAUGAGGAGGAGGAGGAGGAGAAAGACCAGCCUGCCGAGAUGGAGUACCUUAACUCUCGCUGUGUCCUUUUCACUUAUUUCCAGGGAGACAUUGGGUCAGUAGUGGAUGAACACUUCUCAAGAGCUUUGGGCCAAGCCAGCACCUUCCAUCCAGAAUCUGCCAUUUCAAAAAGCAAGAUGGGGCUAACCCCCCUAUGGCGAGACAGCUCAGCUCUCUCAAGCCCACGGAGUAGUUUUCCAACUUCCUUUUGGACCAGCUCCUACCAGCCCCCACCUGCACCCUGUUUGGGGGGAGUUCAUCCCGACUUCCAGGUCACUGCACCCCCUGGCACCUUUACUGCUGCAGAGCCCAGCCCCUGGCCAGGACAUGGCCUGCAUCAGACUGGCCCAGCCCCUCCCCCGCCAGUGUCUGAGUCCUGGCAUUAUCCCUUGGCAUCUCAGGUGAGCCCAUCCUACAGCCACAUGCAUGACGUGUACAUGCGGCACCACCACCCCCAUGCCCACAUGCACCACCGUCACCACCACCAUCACCACCACCACCACCACCCUGCUGCUGGCUCUGCCCUGGAUCCCUCAUAUGGGCCCCUGCUGAUGCCAUCAGUGCGAGCGGCCAGGAUUCCUGCUCCCCAGUGUGACAUCACAAAGACAGAUCCGACUACAGUCACCACUGCUACCUCAGCGUGGGCCGGAGCCUUUCAUGGAACAGUGGACAUAGUGCCAAGUGUGGGGUUUGACACAGGUGAGCUGGUCUGCAGCAUCAAGAUAAAAGCAAGGAAUCACCCUGGUACUGAAGCAUCCAGUGUUAGCAAGUCAGGCUGCAGCCUGAAUCCAAAGGCCCAUUGGAAAAAGAAGCUAUUGGGAAUUCCAUUCCGCAAUGGGACACAAGAAACGUGGAAGGAGAAGCGGAAGUGGCAGGCAGUUUACUUUGGUUUUGAACCUUUUCUGGAGAAAGCAGAGUGGGUCCUAGUCAUUGAAGAAAAGCAGUUUUAA